CUGAUGUGUAUCACUCUGAUGGUUGGCAUGAAUGUCGCUAUGCCUCUCGCCAUUGAGUUCCCAAGCAUCACUCUUGAUCUCAGUGCUACAUCUUCAUCUGCUAUCUUCAACAAUACGAUGCUACCCACUGCCUCUUCCUCCAUCUUGACCACGACCAUAACCACAACCAUCACUAUCGAGCCCACCCUCUUUGCAUCAGUCACCCCGGCCAACAACAGCACAAACAGUAGCCUCGGAGCCUGCGGUCCUGGCAUCGGCGCCUGUCCCUCUGGUCUCUGUUGCAGUGGAUAUGGAUAUUGUGGUUCAAACUCCAGCUACUGCGGCACAAACUGCAUGUCCAACUUUGGCGUCUGCGACUUCAAUGCUUCUCAGCCCUACUACAACAUCUCAUACGCUCCUCUCAGCACAUCGAUCUCCUCAAGCGAUGGCACUGGAGCUGCUGGUAUUGUUACCGAUGACUUCGAUCAAGCUGCUUCUUCGACCACCAUGUUCAGCUAUGCUCCUGAGAGCAGUGGAACGUCGAUGGCCACUGCUUCAGCAACUGCGACUGAGAUAUCGUUCGUGCCGUUGAGCACUACCUAUGCAGCUGUCGAGUCAACCUGGGCUGCUAGAAGCUACGCAGAGGCUCCUACGACUACCAUCACUGUCUUGAAAGAGGUUGAACGUUGA